GUUCUUCACCACUGGGGGCAGCUUUACAUAAGACUGCAUUCACUGAAGCCAAAGCAACAGUCCGAGCAGCUUUCAGAAUGACAGUCUGCAGAAGUGAGCUGAGCGUGUGCGCGGUACGGGGCUCUCCUGCCUUCUGGGCUCCAACGCAGCUCUGUGGCUGAACUGGGUGCUCACCACGGGAACUGCUGGGCGAUGGAAUACAGAUGUGGCAGCUCAGGUAGCCCCACAUUGCCUGGAGGAACAUAUCAUGCUUUUCGAUAAGAAGAAACUGUAGGAGCCAGUUUUUUUUUUUUUAACCGCCCCCCGCCACCCCCAAAAAACUGUAAAGAUGCAAAAACGUAAUAUCCAUGAAGAUCCUAUUACCUAGGAAGAUUUUGAUGUUUUGCUGUGAAUGCGGUGUUGGGAUUUAUUUGUUCUUGGAGUGUUCUGCGUGGCUGGCAAAGAAUAAUGUUCCAAAAUCGGUCCAUCUCCCAAGGGGUCCAAUUUUUCUUCCUGGGUGUCAGCAAGCCCUGACUCACUACAGUGCAGCUGACAGGGGCUGUCAUGCAAGUGGCCCCUAAGCCAAAGCAAAAGACCUAAGGACGACCUUUGAACAAUACAAAGGAUGGGUUUCAAUGUAAUUAGGCUACUGAGCGGAUCAGCUGUAGUACUGGUUAUAGCCCCCACUGUCUUACUGACAAUGCUUUCUUCUGCCGAACGAGGAUGCCCUAAGGGCUGUAGGUGUGAAGGCAAAAUGGUAUAUUGUGAAUCUCAGAAAUUACAGGAGAUACCCUCAAGUAUAUCUGCUGGUUGCUUAGGUUUGUCCCUUCGCUAUAACAGCCUUCAAAAACUUAAGUAUAAUCAAUUUAAAGGGCUCAACCAGCUCACCUGGCUAUACCUUGACCAUAACCAUAUCAGCAAUAUUGACGAAAAUGCUUUUAAUGGAAUACGCAGACUCAAAGAGCUGAUUCUUAGUUCCAAUAGAAUCUCCUAUUUUCUUAACAAUACCUUCAGACCGGUGACAAAUUUACGGAACUUGGAUCUGUCCUAUAAUCAGCUGCAUUCUCUGGGAUCUGAACAGUUUCGGGGCUUGCGGAAGCUGCUGAGUUUACAUUUACGGUCUAACUCCCUGAGAAACAUCCCUGUGCGAAUAUUCCAAGACUGCCGCAACCUGGAACUUUUGGACCUGGGAUAUAACCGGAUCCGAAGUUUAGCCAGGAAUGUCUUUGCCGGCAUGAUCAGACUCAAAGAACUUCACCUGGAGCACAAUCAAUUUUCCAAGCUCAACCUGGCCCUUUUUCCAAGGUUGGUGAGCCUUCAGAACCUUUACUUGCAGUGGAAUAAAAUCAGUGUCAUAGGACAGACCAUGUCCUGGACCUGGAGCUCAUUACAAAGGCUUGAUUUAUCAGGCAAUGAGAUCGAAGCUUUCAGUGGACCCAGUGUUUUCCAAUGUGUCCCGAAUCUGCAGCGCCUCAACCUGGAUUCCAACAAGCUCACAUUUAUUGGUCAAGAGAUUUUGGAUUCUUGGAUAUCCCUCAAUGACAUCAGUCUUGCUGGGAAUAUAUGGGAAUGCAGCCGAAAUAUUUGCUCCCUUGUAAACUGGCUGAAAAGUUUUAAAGGUCUAAGGGAGAAUACAAUCAUCUGUGCCAGUCCCAAAGAGCUGCAAGGAGUAAAUGUGAUCGACGCAGUGAAGAACUACAGCAUCUGUGGCAAAAGUACUACAGAGAGGUUUGAUCUGGCCAGGGCUCUCCCAAAGCCAACGUUUAAGCCUAAGCUCCCCAGGCCGAAGCAUGAGAGCAAACCCCCUGUGCCCCCGACGGUGGGAGCCACAGAGCCCGGCCCAGAGACCGAUGCUGACGCCGAGCACAUCUCUUUCCAUAAAAUCAUCGCGGGGAGCGUGGCGCUUUUCCUGUCCGUGCUUGUCAUCCUGCUGGUUAUCUACGUGUCAUGGAAGCGGUACCCUGCGAGCAUGAAGCAGCUGCAGCAGCGCUCCCUCAUGCGAAGGCACAGGAAAAAGAAAAGACAGUCCCUAAAGCAAAUGACUCCCAGCACCCAGGAAUUUUACGUAGAUUACAAACCCACCAACACGGAGACCAGCGAGAUGCUGCUGAAUGGGACGGGACCCUGCACCUAUAGCAAAUCAGGCUCCAGGGAGUGUGAGAUACCUUUAUCAAUGAAUGUGUCAACCUUUCUGGCAUACGACCAGCCCACAAUAAGUUACUGUGGGGUGCAUCAUGAACUUCUCUCCCAUAAGUCCUUUGAAACGAAUGCACAGGAAGAUACGAUGGAAACACACCUAGAGACUGAGCUGGACCUGAGCACAAUCACAACAGCUGGCCGAAUCAGUGACCAUAAACAGCAGCUAGCUUAACUGAGAUCACUGGUGGCCAAGGGUUGCUACCAAACUUUGUAAACUCAAGGACAAAAUGAGGAAGAUGUGUUCAUUGCGGACUCUAAAAACAAAACAAAACACAAAAUCCACUGUUCAAAUAAACAAAAAAUCCAAGAUUGAUUCAUGAAAUAAAGAAGACAUGAAUUGUUUUAAGUCUACACUUUGUAAUUAGCUAAGUUGUGCAGUAUUUUUUGACUUAAACAGAGUAUGACCCUGAAAAAUAAAAGAAUCUUUUUUUCAAAACUCAUCCUACCUACCUGUAAAAACUGUACAAAGCUAAUGUAUUUUUCAUAUUGUAAAGUUUCAAUUAUAGAAACAACUGGUAUGUACAGUACCAUAAUUUAAUUACAUUUUACUUUAAAACCUUUACACAUUUCAGUUUCUAAAAUUUUAAAUUAACAAUUAUUUCUUGUGUUAUUCAGAGUUACUCAGUUUUGUAGGGACUGUUUUGUUACUGCUUUUGUGCCCAGAAACCUUGACUCUAAAAUUCUGUGCUGUGCGAAACAUGCACGAUUUUUAUUAUGCUUACUGCGUAGAAUUUUAUCUACUUGUUCCAGAAAUAAUACAUUAACCGAAAAAGAUUUAAUUGUUCAGACUUGUAAGAAGUUCUUCAAUUACAUAGACAGGUUUUUCUUAAAAAUGAAAAAAAGAAAUCAAAGAUUUUUUAACAGUUCUCAGACUUAACUGUUGCCUUGAAUUACAGCCUAGUUUCUAAGCAGUGAAAUGUAAUGAUAAAGAGGGUUAUUUUAACAACAUAUUUCUGAAUGAAUGACUCAUUAUUUCAUUCUUUUGAGUAACCAUUGUUAAGGGUUGGGGGGAAGAAUGGACAAAACCUCACUGGAAACAAAGGCCGUAACCACAGCAACAGACUUCAUGAUACAGUUAAAAUGCGCAGCUGCCAGUGACAAAAACUUUUGUUACAUCUCAUUAUUUUCAGGCCACGGUGGGAGUCUAGUGCAUAAUAAUUGUACAGUAGCAAUUUUUCUCCUAAUUAACACAAAGGAGUUUACCUAAAAGUAACCACCAGUCUGUAAAAUGUGCCUGGUUCUUAAGACAACUUUUCAUUUAGAACUGUGAGACCAUAUUUUGGAAACAUUUCAAAGGAAACAUGAAUUUUUUUGCAUUGUGCACUAUAUCAUUUCUCUCCUGAGGAAGAAUUUUAAACAUGUUCAGCUCAUUCAAUAUAGAUAUGAGCCGUGGUGGAGGACUUUAUCACUGAAGUAAAUUGUAAAAUCCUUAAUAUGUUAUAAAUUGUUUAUGUUGCUAACCAUAACGGGAUUCACCUCCAAAUUAUCAAAGAAAUAACUCAGAGUUAUUUGACACCAGCCCAGAUCAUAUAUUGAUUAUACAACUGUAUUAUAAAGUUAAUUCAAAUCACAUUAAGAAAACCUGAGUUUUCAGAAGCUGAAAUAAUCAACUCGUUUGUGUUGUUUGCUUGACAUAGGUUAUUGUUUGAAAAUAUUGUUACUUUAUCAAUAGUAAUCACACAUUCUUGUUUCUUUUUAAUGGAAAACUGCAAGUUUCAAUUACUGUUGCACUAGAAGCGCUUUUUAUGUUGUCAUUUUAUAUUCAUGCCAUCGUAAGUAGAAUGACAAUACAUCAAUCUAACAGGAGUCAAUCAAAACAAUGAAGAAAAGAAUAACUGAAAACAAUGUCAAACUUUUAAAUUUUUAUCUCUUCCAAAGAAAUUCUAUCUAUAAAAGCCUAGUUUUAUGCAGGUUUGUCACAGCAAAUUUAAAAGCAACUUCAAGAAGAAUGAACUUAAAAACUGUGGAGCAAAUUUUUGUUGAAAAUAUAUAAAGUCAGAAAGAGAAAACGGUGUAAAUGUUGGAAGAAGCAAAUUCUAUUACUAAUUCAAAUGAAACUAAAUGUCAAACACAGUACUUGUGUCAACUAUUUAGCAUCCCAGAUUUUGUAACAUAUUUUGCAUAAAUUAUUUGCUAUUCAAAAAUUUUUGUCAUUUUAAGGCUAAUUUUAAUCUUUAUGUUUUCCAUUUUUUAAUUUCCUUGCAAUGUAUUAGUCUUAGAGUAUUAUUAAUUUUCUACAUUGAGAUUUGGCUUUACAUCAUUAGCAAAUUUAUAAAGGGAUAUAAAUCUAUUAUUUGUGAGUCUAAAAUCAAAUGCAAAAUUUUAUUUAUUAUGUAAACCAAAAUGUCAUUUGCAAGUUUUCUCAUUAGAAGUUGUCCUUGCAAAGUUAGAAAAGGAAGAAUUAAUUUGUGUAAACAAGCACAAAUUAACAUAUUUAUUAAUAAAUAGGUUUAUCUGCUAAUAAACCUAUUUGUAGACACAUUCAAAUUGAUAAAGAUUUUUAAAAUGUUAAGGUUCCAAAAAGUCUUACAGGUGUAUACCCUUGAUUUCCUGAAGCAAACCACUUUCUUUCUUAAAUAUUUUAAGUUCAUCUAAAGUGAACAACUAUAAAUAGAAGCAAUCACCUUGAAACCACAGCUCUGUGCAACCAAGGCCCUAAGCUACACCAAAUAAGUCAGGAUUUUUGAGAUUUCUCAUCUUUGAAAUUCAACCAAAGGGUCUUUAACAAGAAAAAAAAAAUCUGGAUUAUUACUAUUAUUUUUGCUUCAUUUUUAUUCUGCCAUAUCCGGGUUAAGGGUGAAGAUGGUGACAACCUGCUGGAAAGACUGUGUCUGGAAUCUUUAUCACAUAUUUGCAAUUUUUAUCUGUUUUUGUCUAAAACUUUCAUUUCUAAUCUAUCUUUUUCAGCAUUCGAUAAUCUCUCAUUUCCUCCUUCUAACCCCAUUCCUAUGUCUCCCUUCCUGUCUAUUCCUCACCGAUUUAAACAACUGAAAUGUUUACUUAUGUUUGGAGGUGAAAAAUGGAGAGUUUGACCCAGCAUGGUUACAAUAACAGCCAGCAGCUGCAGCAAACAAUAAAGUUAUGCAGUGUUUUGAGGUUUACAAACCACAUUUUACAUAAAUUAUCUCAUUUUGUCUUCAUAGCAGCCCUGUGAAGACACAUUAAUCUCAAAGAAGUUGAGCCCUUGCCCAAAAACACAGGGCUAAUAAUUGGUGCAGUUAAAUUCUUCUCAAAAUUUACAGGCUGUUAGUUUUUCCACUGUACUAAAAGCUUUCUUUGUCUGAUCAGAGCCAGAGAACUUCCUGAGAUAAUGGAUAGAAGAAAAAAUAUAUAUAUUUGACAUGUUGUUUAGUAAUCUCUACUUUAAAUCCAUUUCUCCAUCUGUGAAAUAUUAGCUAACUGAAUUCUUUCUGUGUGCUACUCUGGGCUCUCACAUUAAAACUCUGUUCAAAAAGUUUAACAAGUCACAUAUUUCUUAACAUACAAGUUCGUUUGCAAAGGUGCAGAACAGAUGCUCCCAAGAUGUGGAUGCAUGUAGGCCCCAAGGUAUAGACAUCAAAUAAAGGAAGCACAAGGAAAGAAACCACAAGGGAAGAAACCAAAGACCUUCUAAAUUGAGAUUGCAUAAUUAUAAAAGAGAUCCAUAGUACAAGGUUGAACACAUGUUCAAUACAUUGCCAACUGAACACAUACUCAAUUCAGAGCUAAUUAGGAAGGCAUAUAAAAUUCUUUUUCUUUUGGCAAGAUUUCGUAAAUCUUGGAUUUUUUUUUUUACUUAUAAUAACAGAACAAUUUUCUCUUUUUACCUUAUAAGAAAAAUAAAAUAUAAUUUAUCCAAAUUGAUGUAUAGAACCCAAAACAUAUGCUAACAUGCAAAUAAUAUAUUUUACUGAUCAACUCAUUUUUGUCAAGUCUCUAUUUCUAGUCCCUCCUGAAUGUUUUAGAAAACCAGGAAACCAUACAGAUUUUUAAUACAAAUUAUGUUUUUACAAGGAAAGAAAACAUUUCCAAAUUUAACACUCAAGACUAAUCACACAAUCCUAAUUUGAACUCAGAUCUCUCUCACUCCAUAGACUGAUUAGAAAUAGUAAAAUCUUUUUGCAAAAAAUAUUUUCUAAAAUAAACUAUUGUAUAAGAGAGUAAAAAUAUUAUUUGUUUUUGAUUGUUCCUGACUGGAAGACAGAUAUCAUCUCUCAAACUAAAUAUUCAAAAUAAGAAACUGAAUGCAUGAAAACCAA